CAUGUAUACAAAGUGCUUCCUUGAGCUCCACCUCUUUUGCAGUCCAUCAGUUGAGGAUCAAACAGAAGUGAGAAGCUAAAGUGGAAUAAUAAAUGCAAGAGCUAUUCGGCUAAUUGAAAAGGAGACAGAAAAUAGAUGUCCACGCCUACAGACCCUGGUGCCAUGCCUCAUCCUGGCCCUUCCCCUGGACCAGGACCUUCACCUGGACCGAUUCUAGGACCUAGCCCAGGACCAGGGCCAUCUCCUGGCUCAGUACACAGCAUGAUGGGGCCAAGUCCUGGUCCACCCAGUGUCCCGCACCCGAUGCCGUCAAUGGGGCCUACUGAUUAUCCACAGGAAGGCAUGCAUCAAAUGCAUAAGACCAUUGAUGGCUUGCAUGAAAAAGGAAUGGUUGAAGAUGUUCACUGUAGCUCCAUGAAGAGUAUGCGACCUCCUCACCCUGGAAUGGGCCCACCUCAGAGUCCAAUGGACCAGCAUAGUCAAGGUUAUAUGUCUCCACACCCAUCUCCACUAGGAGCCCCAGAGCAUGUGUCCAGUCCGAUGUCUGGAGGAGGUCCAACUCCACCACAGAUGACUCCCAGUCAGCCAGGACCCAUUAUGCCAGGAGACCCACAAGUUAUGAGUCAACCUAACAGAGGUCCUUCCCCUUUCAGCCCUGUACAGCUACAUCAGCUCCGAGCUCAGAUUCUAGCCUACAAAAUGUUAGCUAGAGGUCAGCCUUUACCAGAAAACCUCCAACUUGCUGUUCAAGGAAAGAGGACCCUGGUCAUUGCCCAGGUAUUAGUUUCUUUCCUCUGUCAAAUUGCAGGUAUUGGGUUACAUGCAAUAAGUGGUCCUGUAACUGGGCCAGGGCCUGCUCCAGGAAUACCUGGACAUACAGCUGCCAUUACCCCUAAAACUUGGACGGAAGGCCAAGCUCCGGAUAUGAGUGUUUCCAGUACACCACAGAAGCUUGCUGUACCACCUCCUAGUGGGAGGCCUUCUCCUGCCCCCCCUGCUGCCCAGCCUGCUGCUGCUAUGCCUGGGCCUUCUGUACCACAGCCUCCGCCUGGCCAGCCUUCACCCAUUGUUCAACUGCAGCAAAAACAGAAUCGUAUUAGCCCUAUCCAGAAGCCACAAGGACUGGAUCCUGUUGAAAUACUCCAAGAACGUGAAUAUAGGCUUCAGGCUCGAAUUGCUCACAGAAUUCAGGAACUGGAGAACUUACCUGGCUCUUUGCCUCCUGAUCUGCGUACCAAAGCUACAGUGGAGUUGAAGGCACUUAGGUUACUGAAUUUCCAGCGCCAGCUAAGACAAGAGGUGGUAGCUUGCAUGCGUCGUGACACAACACUGGAGACAGCACUGAACUCCAAAGCCUACAAACGAAGCAAGCGCCAGACUCUGAGGGAAGCCCGUAUGACCGAAAAACUUGAGAAACAGCAGAAGAUAGAACAGGAGAGAAAGCGUAGACAGAAGCAUCAGGAAUACCUGAACAGCAUAUUACAGCAUGCUAAAGAUUUUAAAGAGUACCAUCGGUCAGUGGCUGGGAAAAUUCAGAAACUUUCUAAAGCCGUGGCAACUUGGCAUGCCAACACUGAGCGUGAGCAGAAAAAGGAAACAGAGAGAAUUGAGAAAGAAAGAAUGAGAAGACUGAUGGCUGAAGAUGAAGAAGGGUACCGUAAACUGAUUGACCAAAAGAAAGAUAGACGCCUGGCUUACCUGUUGCAGCAAACAGAUGAAUAUGUGGCUAACCUGACUAAUCUGGUUUGGGAGCAUAAACAGGCACAGAAAGCCAAAGAGAAGAAGAAGAGGAGGAGAAGAAAGAAGAAGGCAGAAGAAAAUGCGGAAGGAAUGGCAUCUGGUCUUGGUCCUGAUGGAGAGCCCAUAGAUGAGAGCAGUCAAAUGAGUGACCUUCCAGUCAAAGUGACUCACACUGAAACAGGCAAAGUUCUUCUUGGACCAGAAGCACCAAAAGCAAGUCAGCUGGAUGCCUGGCUGGAAAUGAACCCUGGCUAUGAAGUUGCUCCCAGGUCAGACAGUGAAGAUGAAAGUGGCUCUGAAUAUGAGGAGGAGGAUGAUGAAGAAGAAUCAAGCAGGUUAGAAGCAGAUGAGAAGAUACUUCUGGAUCCUAACAGUGAGGAAGUUUCUGAGAAAGAUGCUAAGCAAAUCAUUGAGACAGCCAAACAAGACGUGGAUGAUGAAUACAGUAUGCAAUAUAGUGCCAGAGGGUCUCAGUCCUACUACACCGUUGCUCAUGCGAUCACAGAAAGGGUGGAGAAGCAGUCUUCUCUUCUUAUUAAUGGCACACUAAAACAUUAUCAGCUCCAGGGACUAGAAUGGAUGGUUUCACUCUAUAAUAACAAUUUGAAUGGAAUUUUAGCUGAUGAAAUGGGGCUAGGAAAAACCAUACAGACUAUUGCACUCAUCACUUACCUGAUGGAGCACAAAAGACUCAAUGGCCCCUAUCUCAUUAUUGUUCCCCUUUCGACUUUAUCCAACUGGACAUAUGAAUUUGACAAGUGGGCUCCUUCUGUGGUGAAAAUAUCUUACAAGGGUACACCUGCAAUGCGCCGCUCACUUGUUCCUCAGCUUCGAAGUGGAAAAUUUAACGUUCUUUUAACUACUUAUGAGUACAUAAUAAAGGACAAACAUAUUCUUGCUAAGAUUCGAUGGAAAUACAUGAUAGUAGAUGAAGGCCAUCGAAUGAAGAACCAUCACUGCAAGCUGACUCAGGUCUUAAACACGCACUAUGUGGCCCCUAGGCGGAUACUGCUGACUGGGACUCCUUUGCAGAACAAACUGCCUGAACUUUGGGCUCUUCUCAACUUCCUCCUUCCAACCAUUUUCAAGAGCUGUAGCACAUUUGAACAGUGGUUCAACGCUCCGUUUGCCAUGACUGGAGAAAGGGUGGACUUAAAUGAGGAAGAGACUAUUCUGAUCAUCCGUCGUCUCCACAAAGUGCUUCGACCCUUCUUGCUGAGAAGAUUGAAGAAAGAGGUCGAGUCUCAGCUGCCAGAAAAGGUGGAAUAUGUCAUCAAAUGCGAUAUGUCAGCUCUUCAGAAGAUCCUGUACCGUCACAUGCAAGCCAAGGGAAUCCUUCUUACAGAUGGUUCUGAGAAAGACAAGAAGGGGAAAGGUGGGGCAAAGACUCUUAUGAACACUAUCAUGCAAUUGAGAAAGAUAUGCAACCACCCAUAUAUGUUUCAGCACAUUGAGGAGUCCUUUGCUGAACACCUAGGCUACUCAAAUGGUGUCAUCAAUGGAGCAGAACUAUAUCGGGCUUCAGGGAAGUUUGAGCUACUUGAUCGUAUUCUA